UCUUUAAUCUGACCGCUUCACGCCGCAUAGGUGUGGCUCACAGCGGAAACAUCUCGCCCUCCGCUAAAACACUACUCUGGUUAGGAAAUACUGGGAUUUCUAACUACUGCAAAUAAAACAGAUGAGAUUAGAAUUUCGCUAUCAUACAGGACUAGAGCAGAUGUAACAGAGUCACACACGACAAAGUGUUUAAAGGCUGAGAAAGUAAUUGCACUAUGAUAUCCUGAUAAUGGACCAAUCAAAGCCAUCAGCAUUUUUGACAUCACUGUUUGUGGUACUGGCUGUUGUCAUACUGGGGGUUGUGAUUGCUGCCAUUGGAAUUGGGGCCUACUUUCUGAGAGACUGCCCUGUCCAGCCCUACAUCCCUGUCUACCUUAUAGUAUUUGGUGUAUUUGUUUUGCUUGUUCUGAUAGUGACCCUUGGCUUAAUGUGCGGUACACUUGCAAAAGACACCUAUGAGUUGCUGCUGCUGUCUAUGCUGAUCGUCUCCGUCAGUGUCAUCCUCUACCUCUUCAUUGUCUGCUGGUUCAUCACAGGGAGUGUCUGGAUAUAUUCUGUACAUCCUCCCAGUUAUGACCCAACAAACGAAGAGAACUACUGCAGCAAAACUCUGUAUCUCUUUGCGUUCUGCUUGAAUACAUUCUGUUAUGGCUGUCUGGCCGUCUUGCUGCUUUGUAGUGGAUGUUUAGGGCUUUGUAUAUGUGUACAAAAUACUUGUCGAAGACCACAGUCAUUGGCUUCAAACUUUCAGCAACAAGCAUAGGAUGUUUCACGGUGUAUCAUGAUUUUAUAUUUUGCAGGUUAUUUUAUUUAAAUCAAAAUGUAAUCAUAAAUUUGAUCAAUAUGUGCCACAACUUUAAAAAAUACAUCAUAUUUUCUACUAGUAUAGGGCUACCCCUUUUUAGGGUGACCUGAUCUAAUGUGAUCUGUAUUAUGAUAUAUUACAUUGAGUUCAAAGGCCUGGACUUGAAGGUAAUAUACAGCUUAAUAGGAUAAAUAUCGAUGUAAAUAAAAUAAAUACUGUGUAUA